AUGUCGACGACUAAUAAUUUAAAUAAACCAGCGAGUGGAGCUGAACAACAGGCUGUGAAUGUACCAGUACGGUCAGAAACAACAACCGCUCAAAGUAGCACCUCGGAAGAUAUACCCACUGUGACAGAUAUCAUUACCACCGAAGAGAACAGUUUGGAAGACACAAGUGCUACCUCAGAAGAAGCACCACAAGUGACCUCUGUAGGCUCAACGAUAACCACAAACAUAAAUACAGCCGCUGAUACAACAACAGACGUCACUACACGUACCGCUGACGUAGCUGCCCAUACCAAUAUAACUUGGUCAGAUAAAGGGGGACAUUUCAUCUUUGAACAUGGUAAUAACAAGAAUAAUUUGGUAAUAAAAAAUAGUCGUAUUUAUUGCGCUACACAGUGUGUAAAAGAUAUUCUGUGUAAUGGAUUUGAUUAUAAUUCCACAACAUUAUCGUGUCAUCUGAAAAAGGAAGAUUUUCAUUACAGACGCAUCAGCUAA